UCAUGCUGCUGCCAGGUCCACAGUCUCUCAUGGGUCCCUGUACGGCCUCCCAUUGCUGCUGUCUCCAUCACCACACUCUGCCAUGUGCCACUUUCAGGUCUCCUCACACUGCUGGUGUGUUCCAUUUUUUGUCAUAGGGUGCUGGCAGAUUACGGGCCUCCCAUAGCUGCUGCCAGGCCCGUAAUCUGCCAUGGGCCCCUGUACCGCCUCCUCAUGCUGCUGCCAGGUCCAGAGUCUCUCAUGGGUCCCUGUACGGCCUCCCAUUGCUGCUGUCUCCAUCGCCACACUCUGCCAUGUGCCACUUUCAGGUCUCCUCACACUGCUGGUGUGUUCCAUUUUUUGUCAUAGGGUGCUGGCAGAUUACGGGCCUCCCAUAGCUGCUGCCAGGCCCCUAAUCUGCCAUGGGCCCCUGUACCGCCUCCUCAUGCUGCUGCCAGGUCCAGAGUCUCUCAUGGGUCCCUGUACGGCCUCCCAUUGCUGCUGUCUCCAUCGCCCACACUCUGCCAUGUGCCACUUUCAGGUUCUCCCUCACACUGCUGGUGUGUUCCAUUUUUUUGUCAUAGGGUGC